CCACCUCUCCCUCCCACCUUAUCUUUCUCCCUCCCUUCCCCCCCCCACUGUCACUCUUCCCUGAGUUUCACAAAUGUCACAUUUCACGGAGACUUUGCUCGCUGUGAGUGGAUGCAGGGAGGCUGGAGUUUUGGUUGAUGGCAGGAUCUGUGGAGCACUAACUGUCGCUGACUGUACAACCACCUGCACACUCCCGCUACCAGGUUAAUCUUGCUGCUCUACCUGUAGGAUAAAUCUACUGGAGGCAAUACCUACGAAUUCUGACCAUGUUCGGCUGGCCAGCAAAGUUGAUGCUCAGAGCAAGUUGGGGGAAGCACAGAUGUGCUCACUUAGUCUAUGCAACACUGACCCUCUCUCUCUUUGCCAUCCUCUGGAACAUGUUCCUUGGGCAUUUCCUUCGACAGCAGAAGUUCUAUGAGUACUUCACAAUACCACUAUUUAAAAAUGACAGCGCUACCGAGUCUGACUAUUUAUUUAAAAAUGACAUCUUUAACGGGUCUGACUAUAUGUUGAAAAAUGACAGCCCUACUGAGUCUGCCACUUUUGUUAGCAGCACUUGCUCACCCUGGCAUACACUCGACACCGAUCCCACCCUCUUAGGUUUCGUUCGGAAUGGCAAUUUGUUUUUAACACUUGAAGGUGACUGGUGGCACCAAGCAAGUUAUAUGGCCAAGAAGUUGCCAUACGGGAUAAAAGGCAGUGAGGAGAUUAUCAGACAGAUACUGAUCAAAACAAAGUCCCACAUGCCAGCUGAAAUUGACAGCUUGCAGUGUAAACGGUGCGUUGUCGUUGGCAACGGGAACUCCCUGAGGAAGAGUCUCCUUGGAGCAGUAAUCAACAAAUACAACGUCGUUAUUCGAUUGAACAAUGCUCCAGUGAGAGGCUAUGAAGAAGAUGUGGGCAACAAGACUACCCUGAGGAUCUUUUACCCUGAAUCGGCAAUCAAAGACCUGGCUAUUGAAAACAAUCCCGACACGCUCUUUGUGUUGAUCCCUUUCAAAGCAGUUGAUGUCUACUGGCUGAAGGCAAUUUUAUAUAAUGAAUCAAAUAUAGUGAAUGGAUUCUGGAGAAAGCCAGCCUCGAUAAACAACUUGGAUCCUUCCAAGGUUCGGAUGCUCAGCCCCGUUUACCUACAACAAGCAGUGGAAACAUUAUUGCACCAACCACACGCCAUCUACAAGGCAGAAUCUCUGUGGCCGACAACUGGUUUCCUUGCCAUCACCGUGGCUCUGAACUAUUGUGAUGAGGUCGAUGUUGCUGGCUUCGGUUAUCCACUGAACCAAAAGGACGGUCUGAUCCAUUAUUAUGAUCAGCUGAAAAUGUCCAUGAUGGCUAGAUCUGUGCACAAUAUUACCCAAGAACACGUGUACUUGAAGAAACUGCAGAGCACUGGGAUCAUCAGAUAUCUCACCUAACUUCAUGGAGGAUUUGUACAUUUCUGGCAAUGUUGGGUUCGAACAAACAUGCCAUCAACUUGGACUUGACUUGAAUUUGAUGCUGCCUCAUCAACACUCUGAGAUUCACACCCCUGUAUACAACUCUCUUGUACGCCCUGGUCAGCCCACCUUGGUUCAUCUUUGGCAGCGGGGUGGACCAUACCUAAUGCCACCCUUUCCUGCUCCAAAUGGGGCAUUGUAAAGGAGUGGUAGUGGGAAGAGAGUUGGUACCAAUGGUAAUGGUCCCACUGGGAGCUCUGGUGAUGGUGAUGGUCUGGUGAUGGUCUGGUGAUGGUGUUCCGACUAUCGUGCUUUGGGUCAAACCCGGACAAUGCGCACGUAAAUAUGCUGCUUUUAAUAGGAUUCAUUGCACUUACACGGUGGAAUCCCAAUGGUGAUUGAACAUAUUUCCAAGGCACGUUAUAGGUAAUGGAUUAAGAGAGGUGAAUGGACUGGAAAACUGGUAGAGGGUGGUAAUGACUUUAAGGAGUCCAAAGUAUAAAAGGGAUUAAGAUUCAGACAUAAUAGGUGAAGGGAGAAGGUUCUUCUAUUUCCUAGGUCUAUCUCCUCUUGAUUUUACCUUCAAAAGCUUGGCAGUGGUUUUAUUUUGCUGAUUGCCCCUUGAUGUUGGGUCUUAUAGUAGUGUUGGGCAUUUUAUCAGGUCUGGGCACCCUUGUGUUCUUAGCCAUACAUUGUGAAAAGUUUUAAACAAGAGGAAUAGGAUUCCUCUGGUGGUCUGUGCUUCCUCCAAUAUUCAAAAGAUAAGUGGAUUUGUAAAAUUGUAAG